GGUGGACUCCGCUAGUUCUGACAACUGGUGCUGUCAACCCGGCAGGCAGACAGGCAGGCAUGGAGGUCGCGCAGCAAACUGGCAGUCCCGAUAAUGCUGCGACGAGGUUGCUGCUGCCACUGAAGGGAGCAUUUUGAUCUGUGAAAGUGACAUGCUGGUGCCACUGAGCCCUUGUUCCUGUGGCAAGAGGGGGCUGGCUCUACUAUGAAGCAAGCAAGGAGUUUCCAAGUGGAACAUCCGCCAUAAAAUUUGGGAUUACAUGGAAGCCAAUAACUUGGCUGAUUUCCCAAGACCUGUCCAUCACCGGAUCCCCAACUUCAAGGGAUCUUUCCAGAUGAGUGACCCUCUCCAAACAUGGGAUGCCUUUGAAAAAGCCAGGGAGGUCAAGGUGGAUCCUGACAAACCUCUAGAGGGAAUUCGGCUGGCUGUGCUCCAGGCCAGAAAAACUCUCUUGGUGCCAACCCCACGUCUGCGAACAGGGCUAUUCAACAGGAUUGUCCCUCCCUCUGGAGCAACUAAAGAGACUUUAAAAAAAUGUGCCACCUCUCAGGGUAUCAGGGAUUACAGUGUACCUGUAGGACUAGAUGCAAAGGUGCAAGUGGACCUGGUUGUGGUAGGAUCUGUGGCUGUUUCGGACAAAGGCUGGAGGAUUGGGAAAGGGGAAGGCUUUGCAGACAUGGAAUAUGCAAUGAUGGUCUCCAUGGGAGCUGUAAGAGAGGACACAAUAGUUGUCACGGCCGUUCACGACUGCCAGGUGGUAGACAUACCGGAAGAACUUCUGGGUGACCAUGAUCUAAUUGUGGAUUACAUCCUUACCCCAACAAGAGUGAUCAAGACGGGGUGCAGAUGCCCCAAGCCCCGAGGGAUCCUCUGGCACAAGAUCAGUUAUGAAAUGCUGGAGAAAAUCCCAAUCCUCAAGAACCUUCGCUACAGAGAGAAACAAGAAGGCAAGGUUGUCGCCCUCAGGGAUGAACAGCCAGAUGUUCCAGCUGCUGGCAAGCCUGCGAGAGUAGCCAGGAAAAGUAGACCUGAAAGUAGCCAUUUCCAGGACAAGACCAGCUUGUCCCAAGCAAAUCCAGAAGAUGAGGCUUUAUCAGACAAAUGGCCCCUCUCUGCUGCCCCUGUCACUGUUUAUGUGGGCAGCAUCCCUCAAGGAACCAGAGUGAGCGAGUUAAAGGAUGCCCUGCGAGCUUCUCACGUGACUCCUGCACGACUGAUAUGGCAAGGAGCGCAACACCGGGCAUUUCUCAAUUACAAUGAUCAAACCACGGCUGACACUGCUGCUGCAGCCCUUCAAGGUUUAAGCCUCCGAGGUAGUCCGCUGCGAGUGGAACUGGCUAGGAACCAGCGCAGCAAACUGGCAAGCAGACCCCAGUAGGGUGUUGCAACACAUACGGCAGCAGACACAGAUCUCGGUACAACAAUGGUCCAAGGUUUUCAGGGAUGGCCGGAAGCUGCUGUUGAUCUUGGAGGCUCCCUCCUUAGGCAAGUACACUUGAACCAUGAAAUACCACAAAUGUCCCCAUGAAGAAAUGUGGGAUUUUUUGGUGAAUGCUGUGGCUUUAGAACAGAUUUGUCCUCCUCCAGGAAGGCAGAAAGAUGUGGCCCUCCAUAUGUUGGAUCCCAAUUUCCAUCAGCCCCAGUUAGCGUAGCCAAUGCUCAGGGAUGAUGAGAGAUGUAGUAUAUCAGUAGCUGGAGGUCCAUGGUUUCAUCUCCCCUGACCUCCCCAAAGCUACUUUGCCUGCUCCUGAGGAUGGUAAGUAAUGUCAGAGCUUGGUCUACAUGGCAGAACCAAUGAGGCGGCAGAAGGGUCUGCAGCAGGUGAGGGAUGCCGUUUCUGCCUGCUCCCUUUCAGUAGAAAAGUAGCAUGUCAAGAAUAAUUCUAACCCAGCCCAUUCCCCAUUUGCCAGUUUUCUACUUGCAGAGAAGUGUUUUGUUUUUGUUUGCUUUCUACAACAUAAUGGGCUGUGCAAAAACGGGAUAUGUUUAUAUAUAUAUAUAUAUAUAUUAUAAUAAUAAUAAUAAACUUUAUUUCUACCCCGCCCUUUUUCCAAAAGGACUCAGAGCGGCUUACAACUAAAAACACCAUUAAAACAUACAGAGUAUAUUAUUAAAAAGAAUUAAACUAUGAGAAAAAUUAAAACCAUAAAAUAUAGGUUAAAAACAGCGGACAAUUUAAAAUAAUAAAAUCAUAUAAUGUAAUCACCAAACCUAUGACACUUAAUCCUGGUCGUUCUCUAUCCCAAAUGCCCGUUGAAAUAAAACAGUCUUUACUUGUCGCCGGAAAGAUGGCAAGGAGGGAGCUGAUCGCACCUCACUCGGAAGGGAGUUCCACAGCCUAGGGGUGGCCACCGAAAAGGCCCUAUCUCGUGUCGGCAUCAUAUGUGCUUGCGAAGGUGUGGGGAACACAAGAAGGGCCUCACCUGAAGAUCUCAAAUCCCGGACAGGUUCAUGUAGGGAGAUACGAUCUGUCUAAUAGUCUGGACCUGAGCCGUAUAGGGCUUUGUAGGUCAAAACCAGCACUUUGAAUUGUGACCGGAAACAAAUUGGCAGCCAGUGGAGCUGUUGUAACAGGGGAGUUGUAUGGUCCCUGUAACCAGCCCCGGUUAGCACUCUGGCUGCAGCUCUUUGUACCAAUUUAAGUUUCCGAACAGUCUUCAAAGGCAGCCCCACAUAGAGCGCAUUACAGUAGUCUAAGCGGGAUGUAACCAACGCAUGCAUCACCCUAGUCAGAUCAGGUAGCUCCAGGAACAGGCGCAGCUGGCGCACCAGUUUUAAUUGGGCAAAUGCGCUCCUGGAUACAGUAGCAAUCUGGGCCUCCAAAUUCAAAGCUGAGUACAGGAGUACACCCAAACUGCGAACCUGAGACUUCAGGGGGAGUGCGACCCCAUCCAGCACCGGUUGAAUCCCUAUUCCCUGAUCUGCCCUCCGACUGACCAGGAGUACCUCUGUUUUGUCAGGAUUUAAUCUCAACUUGUUUGCCCUCAUCCAGUCCAUCACUGAUGCCAGACACUGGUUUAGGGCCUGUACGGCUUCCUUGGCUUCAGGUGGAAAAGAGAAAUAGAGUUGAGUGUCAUCAGCAUACUGAUGGCACCGAACCCCAAAACCCCGGACAACCUCUCCCAGCGGUUUCAUGUAGAUGUUGAAUAACAUGGGGGACAAAACGGAACCCUGAGGGACCCCAUAGGUCAAUGGCCAAGGGGUCGAGCAGGAGUCCCCCAGUACCACCUUCUGGGUUCGGUCCUCCAGGAAGGACUGGAGCCACUGUAACACAGUGCCCCCAAGUCCCAUCUCGGCAAGGCGGCCCAGAAGGAUACCAUGAUCGAUGGUAUCGAAAGCCGCUGAGAGGUCCAGUAGAACCAGCAGAGACACACUCCCUCUGUCCAGUUCUCUGCGUAGGUCAUCCACCAAGGUGACCAAAGCCGUCUCUGUCCCAUAGCCAGGCCUGAAACCAGAUUGAAAUGGAUCCAGAUAAUCCAUAUCAUCCAGGAAUCUCUGGAGUUGGGCGACCACCACAUGCUCUAUUAUCUUGCUUAAAAAUGGAAUAUUGGAGACUGGCCGGUAGUUACCUAGUAAAGAGGGAUCCAGGGAGGGCUUUUUCAGCAGUGGUCUUAUAACUGCCUCCUUUAAGCAUGAUGGAAUUCUGCCUUGUUGUAGAGAGGCAUUAACUAUUCCCCUGACCCAAUCGACCAGUCCCCCUCUGGUACUUCUAAUGAGCCAGGAAGGGCAAGGGUCCAGUACACACGUGGUGGCACGCGCCGCUCCAAGGAUCUUGUCCACAUCCUCGGGUAGAACAAGUUGAAAAGAAUCCAUUUUAAUUGGAGAAACAGGUGCCGAAGUUAGAUCCUCAGAGACUGUAUCAAUUUUAGCAUCCAAGUCACAGCGAAUCUGAGCGACUUUGUCCGCAAAGUGCCAUGCAAAUUCUUGACAGCGGUCUGCUGAGUGGUCAGAAUUACCCUCACGGGGGCUGGAACUUAUAAGCCCUCUAACCACUCGAAACAGUUCCGCUGGACGGCUCCCAGCAGAUGCAAUGGAGGCCGAGAAGAAAGAUUUCUUCUUAGCCCGUACUGCCUCGGAGUAGGCCUUCAAAUAGGCUCUAGCCCGAGAUCGAUCAGCUUUGCUCCGAGUCUUCCGCCAACGUCGCUCUAGUCCCCAUCUGACACGCUUCAUCACCACCAGCUCCUUGGAAAACCAUGGAACCGGUUUGGCUCCACUCCGAAAGAGGGGACGCUCGGGAGUGAUCGUGUCCACCGCCCUGGUCAUUUCUCUAUUCCAGAGAUCAACCAGGGCUUUGACAGGAUCGCCUGCCAAGGUGACAGGAAAAUCUCCAAGAGCCAUCAGGAAACCAUCCGGAUCCAUCAGCCUCUUGGGACGGACCAUUCUAAUCGGUCCCCCACCCCUGCAGAGGCUCUGAGUCCCAGUGAGUCUAAACCCGACCAGGUAGUGAUCUGUCCAUGACAAUGGAACCACUGCAAGUUCUUCCACACCAAGAUCACCGUCAUCCCAACCAACACAGAAAACAUAUGUUUCUUUCCUGGAAAAAAAAAAACACGGUGGGAUUUUGGCUGGAUAUAUAUAUAUAUUUCUAAACAGAAGCACUUUUGCAGCUGAUCUCAGGCAAAAACUCAAAAUAAGCAUUGCAAUGUUCUCUUUCUUAUAUAAAAAAAGAAAAUAAUAAUACAAGAGUUGGAAAUGUUUUUCGUAGCUCCAGGGUGUACUCUUAAGUAUAUUUUAAGCACAUUAUGAUGCCCCAAGAGAGGCAGCCCUUUCAUGAAGCAUUAAAUGAAACCUUUUCAAGGUUGACGAGUUGCUUUCUGUGCAAAAUCCCACAGAACGUUCUUCCUUCCCCUUCUGCACCCCUCUCUUGUUUUGCCUAAGGAAAACAAAAGCUAAAAGCAAUUACACUGAUGCCUUGUAAUAGUUUGAAAGAAACCAACAUAAUGGAGAAAGGCCUCCUCCUUACCUUCCCCCCCCCAGUCAGGGGCUUGCUUGGUCACUGGGAACCUGACUUAUACUGGGGCUGUGAACCCACAAGUCACCUCCCCCAAAGAGUUUCCAUUGGCCACACUGGAGGGGUAACAGGUCUGCCAAUCCAUUGUGAAAUCUCUUUGAAGUUGAAUGAAAAUGCACUCCAGCUGCUUCCACCAGGUCUUACAGAAGAAAGGGGCAGGGUUUCGCUAGCGUCGGGUGCCCCCAUUUUCAGAAGAGAGAGGUGAAGAUGCAUUGGAACCAGCAGAACAGUGAGGGUGCCUCUACCCUGAGUCAGACCAUGGCCAUACAUUUAUUCCACUAUUCUUCCACCUUAAACAGUCAUGUCUUCCCCCAAAGAGGCCUGGGAGCAAGAACAAGAGCCAGCAGUUAGAGUGUUGGACUACGAUCUGGGAGCCCAGGCUUUAAAUCCACACCCAGCCAUGAAGCUUGCAGAGUGGCCUUGGGCCAGUCACAGUGUCUCUGCCUACCUCACAGGAAUGUUUUGAGGAUAAAAUAGAGAGGAGGGGGAGGACCAUCUAUGCCACUUUGAACUUCCUGGAGAAAAUAAACAGCCAAACUUGCGUCACGCAGGAUGAUGCAAUCUCAUCAUGCAGAUGCCAGAAAAUCAAAAUACAUGUCUUGUAAAAAGAAAAGAAAAAAGACCUUGUCCUUGUUUGGAAGAAUUUUAAAGGUUGCUAUCUCAGGAGCUGAUUGCCUUUAUAGAAGACUUCUAUGCCUUGGGACUGUUUCGUUUACAGAAAGCGAAGUUUUCAUCUCCGAAAGGAAACAAUCACUCAGGCUGUUGAUAUAUGGGAGUCAUUCUUUGCUACUGCAUGUAAACAGGCACAGCAAUUCCUAUUGUACAUAAACUCCUGGUUCCUUGCAAAUCCCCAGGGAAGCAUUAUUAUAUCCUGCUCUUCCAGGUGUGGGUUUGCAUGCUGAUCAUUAGAUUUGGAGCACUUUUCACAGAAAGGAGUAUUCCAAUAGCUGGAGGCUAUUUCAGGCUUUUCGAAAUUAAUUUCCAUUCCAAACGGCAAUGGGACUCAAAAUAUUAAGUGCCAGGAAACUAAGGCAAAGCUCCAGAAAUAUUCUUUUAAAAAUAACCUGAAUGAAUUGUCACAAUAUGAGCUAGGGAUGUACAUUUGUCUCGCUAUAAUUAACUAGCAUCUCCCAGUUAGGGGGAGGCACUCUGCCUGGAUGCAAUUUACAAAUCUAUCUGUCAGUACCAUGAGGAAUACAGCCAUGGUCUUUUUUAAGAUCUCAUUUCUAAAACAUUAUGGCUAGAACUCUAUGCACAUUUGGUUGCUUCCGAAUAAACUUUUAUAGGAUCAGCCUGUCAACUACACAGUUUUCUAGAGGGCCUUGCUUCUUUGCCCUCAUCUCUUCUACAGGUGUCCAGCAGGUGGCACAAUUGGUGCAUCAAAACAUCCUAAGAAAUUAGCUAAAUCCAUUAUACUCUUUAGCCUUCAGAAAUGCGUUCAUCACAACAUCCUUUUUAUAUCUAUUUUGCCCCCCCAUAUUCCCCAGUUUAAAAGUGUUUGAUUUAUGUUAACAAUUUUUAUAUUUUAUCUUCUGUUUUAUUGCUAACCACCUUGAGAAGUUAGACUUUAUCAGAGUAAACAAACAAAAUUCAUCGUAAGACGACAUAAUGAUUGCGAGGCUGGAGCGGUGGUGGUUACAGUUUAAGUAUUGUUCAACAUCAAUUUUCACAAGAAACAUCUGGGGGGAAAUUAUGUUCCAAAAAUGUCAUAAUGAAAUCAUGCCAAAUUUUGAAUUCAGUCAAGAUUUUGCUACAUCUUUUAAUUGGUAUACCUUGCCUCUGAGAUAGUAAUAUCUGUUUUUCAUCCAUGUGUGUUUUGGGAGUUUUGAUGCAGACUGCUCUGUGUACCUUGCAGGGCUGUGGUAUUCUGAAUCAAUGCAUCAAGGCCUCAUCCAGGCACUCCAAAAGGCAUAUGGACAUGCGCAGAGUUUUUUAUUUUGAUUUUAUUCAUUAUUCUUAUUUUAAAUAAUAGUUAUUCUCAUCUUUUAAAGUUGCAUUCACAAAGUAGACCCACUGAAAUGAAUGAACCUAAGUUAGUCAUGUCUAUUCAUUUCAAAGGGAUCACAUCCACACCAUACAUUUGAAGGAGUCUUAUACUGAUUUAACAGUCAUGGCUUUCCCCAAAGCAUCCUGGGAACUGUAGUUUGUUAAGGGUGCUGAGAGUUGUUAAGAAGAGACCCCUCACAGAGUUGCUAGUAAAUAGAAGUAGUAGUAGUAUUUAAAUUUAUAUUCCACCCUCUUCCUCCCAGAGGACCCUAGGGUGUCAAACACAAAAAUGAUAAAACAAUCAAAAGCAUCUAAAAACAGACAUCUAAAAACUAAAACAAUUCAGAUACAGAUUGGGAAAGAUCUCUACUCAAAAGACUUGUUGUAAGAGGAAGGUUCCCAGCACACUUAACAAACUACAGUUCUCAGGAUUCUUUGGGGGAAGCCAUGAUACUGCUUUAAAUGUACAGAGUAGCUGUGUGUCCUGGCUCUCCUCUAAGUUGAAGGGCUGUAACUCAGUGGUAGAGCAUCUGCCUUGCAUGCAGAAGGUCCCAGGUUCAAUCCCUGGCGUCUCCACAUAGGGCUAGGAGAGACUUCUGUCUGAAAUCCUGGAGAGCUGCUGCCUGUCCGUGUAGACAGUACUGAACUAGAUGGAUCAAUGUCUGUCUCUGUAUAAGGCAGCUUCUUGCAUUCCUGUGAACAUUGUUGAAUGCAAUCCUCAGGAUCCAGCGCACAAAUGGCACUUUUCCAUGUACAAGGUCUUGGACGUAAUGGGGAGCAACUGUGUGCGCACAAAAGGAGACUAUGAAAAGCCACCCAUUUCCAAUGAAAUGAACACACACACAUGUGAUCAUUGAAGAACAAGCAUCUCUUCAGAGCAUGGUGUGCAACUGCAACUGCCAGCCGCUCUGAAAUGCAUUCACAAGCCAGUAAAAAUGUUCAUGAUUGUCAGAUAGCUUGGGGUGGAGGGAAUCCAGUUGGCAAAUCCUUGUGCGAAAUAAAUAUUCCCCCCCUCCUUACCCCCGCCAUGGUCUUUGCAAAAGAAAAGGGUGACUGCUGUCAUGCGUGGCUUAAAUGGACCUUAAACAGAUGCACUCCAUGCUUGAUUCCCAGCAGAGAUGUGGAUUCUUGCCGCGAUAAGAAUAGAGUGGUUGGGAGAAGGUUGAGCAGGAGACUGCAAAGAUUUCCUAGGCUGGCUGGGUGGCCCCUUCCUCAGUGGUCAAUACUGGCCUUCAUUAGGGCUGCACUGUGCAGGCAGAUUAAUAGGAUUUGUGGGUUUGAAACCUUUGAGCGAUUGAAAAGGCUUGGUGGCUACACAUCAGCAGCGACUAGCCAUGGCAGCUAAAUGAACCUCCAUGUCCAGGGGCAACAAAUCACCGGAAACCAGUUUCUGGGGACAGGCCCAACAAGAGGAGAGGAUUAUUGCCUGCUUGUGGGCUUUCUGUAGCAGGGCCAGAUUAACACAUGCUGAGACCCUAAACCAGGGGUGAGGGACAUUUUUUCAGUUCAGUGCCAGAACUGGUAUUAUAUGUGUGGACUGGCUUACCCUGGUCCACAAUCUGGCUGCCAAAUUCUGCACUAGCUGUCUUCAGUGGCAGUCUCACAUAUAUAACGCAUCUAACCUAGAGGUUGCCAGAACACAGACAACAGAAAUUAGACUACCCCUUGGUAUGCUGCUUUCAAACAUUCUUCUCAAAGCGGUUUACAGCCACAUAUCAAAGAGACAAUAAAAUACUGUUUAAAACCAAAUGAAGCACCACAGAAAUCCCCAAACGUUAUCUCAAAGCCUUGCUGGCACCCAAGAAACCAAGCACCUAUCCGGGAUAAUAGGAAUAAUUAUAAUUCUGCAACUCAGGUAGCUUAAGUUGCUAAAUGCCAUUGUAAAGAGGCAGCCUUGAAGGGCCAUUGAAAACACACCAAGGGUGGGGCUUGUCUGGUAUCUCCUGGAAGAUUCUAGAUAAUUUUGGAAACUCAAAAAUGUGCACACUUUUGGACUUCCCAGGAGGAUCCCUCCGCCUGUGCAGCUCUGAGACGGGCUCCCGUCUUGGAUGAAACUUUUUCAGCCUUAAAUCCAGUCAGAAGGGUCUUUUUUGACUGGGGAUAAUUUCUUCUGGAUAAGGAAGAAACGUGAGAUUUCCCACACAGCUUUGUUGUGGUUGUGGGAGACUGGAAUUCGUCAGAAUCGUCUGUGAAAGAAGGUCUUCCAGCAGCUCGGACGGAGCGAGGAUUUUUAGCUAGCUCAGCUGAUUGUGACCCGUUUUUUUUCCCUUUUUUAAAAAAACGGACUAACAGGCAAGCGUCCUUCUGUCUAUGCUUAUCACUUUCUUAUCUAUACAGCUAAAGAGAUUUGUCAAAGGAUCAGCAAUUAAGAAAACCUGGGUGAGCCAAAACUUUCCUUCUUUUUUACUCACGGAACUAAGGGGAAGGAAAAUAAAAAUAGCCUAUCUUUUUCCUAUUGCAAAAAGCUGACAUGGAAAAUGGCAUUGUAAAGAUUACAACGGAUGAGGGGUUUUUGAUUGGAAGAGAAAAGAAAAAUCUUUUUUAUUUAUAAGACUUUUGUGUAAUAUAUGUCUGGGACUAUUUUUUCUGAUCUACUUUUUCUUUUUUUUUCUU